AUGAGGUGCCAACGCGGUUCUGCGGAACGUGCACUAAAGCGGAAUUCACAAGCAGCUUUCAGGGUGAUAUGCAGCUCAAUCCUAAUCGAAACAGGAGAAAAGCGCCGGGGCACCGGACGAAAGUGUCAACAGCACAUCGUGAUUGCUUAUGAAAAUCCAAUUUUGCAACUUUCCGGCUCCUCGAUGACCAAGGUGAUUGGUCCCCCAUCCAGGCAACAACAUCAGCAACAAGCAGCAGCAGCAGUAGCAGUAGCAGUAGCAGUAGCAGUAGCAGUAGCAGUAGCAGUAGCAGUA